GCUCUGAUUCCACGGUUACUUCAGUUUGUGGGUAAAGAGCGCUGGCUGUGUGUUUCUCUGUCCGGUUUAACUCUUCAAAAAUGCUCGAGUUCUUUCCGAAAUUACUCCUGUUGGUGUUGUUAGCAUUCCCGGCAACUACUUUUAUGAAAGGCACGUUAAUAGCUGCGCAGGAUGUUACAGAGGAAGAGGAGGCAGCUGACGAAGAUGCCGCUGAUGAUGUGAUUGCUGAAGAUGAGGAUGAUGAAGCAGAGGUGGAAGAUGAUGAAAACACAGAUUUGACUGAAGAAAAAGAUGAAGAGGAAGAUGAAGAAGCUCUAGCAGGAGAGAUGAAGCCUUCCCCUAAUGCUGAUACAACCAUUCUGUUUGUCAAAGGAGAAGACUUUCCAGCCAACAACAUUGUGAAAUUCCUGCUGGGCUUCACCAAUAAAGGCAGUGAAAAUUUUGUGAUUGAGUCUCUGGACGCUUCCUUCCGGUAUCCUCAGGACUUUCAGUUUUACAUCCAGAACUUCACUGCUCUGCAGCUGGGCAUGGUGGUACCUCCACAGCGCCAGGCCACAUUUGAGUAUUCCUUCAUCCCAGCUGAGCCCAUGGGUGGUCGCCAGUUUGGUCUGGUCAUCAACCUCAACUACAAAGACAACAGUGGCAACAUUUUCCAGGAUGCAGUGUUUAACCAGACAGUCACCAUCACUGAGAGGGAGGAUGGUCUGGACGGAGAAACGAUCUUCAUGUACGUGUUCCUCUCUGGGCUUGGGCUUUUGGUGGUUGUUGGCCUGCAUCAGCUACUGGAAUCUAGGAAGAGGAGGAGACCUGUGGCCAAGGUGGAGAUGGGAACUUCCAACCAUAAUGAUGUAGAUAUGAGCUGGAUCCCUCAGGAGACACUCAAUCAGAUCAUGCAGAGUCGGCGAGAUAAGGCUUCUCCCAGAAGAUCACCCCGUAAGAGGACGCAGAAGCGUUCUGCUGGAUCAGAUGAGUGAAGAGGGAGUGUGGCUGUAUGGUGCAUGCUACUGAGUACACUUUGGCCAUCAUGCAACAUGCCUACAGACUGGUCAAUACAUGCAUACAUCUUUACCAAUGCGGUCACAUUAUAAAAAAUAAAAUAAAAAUAAAAGUGACUACAAUUAAAAGCAACUCCAGGCACAGGUUUUUUUUUUUUUUUUAAAAAGAUUAGUCCUUUUGACUAGUGAAAUUUUUUUGCUUUUUAAUUUGUGGAUAAAGGGCAUAAUUGUGUGGGGUGGGGUUCCCCCCCCCCCCCCCAUUUCUUUUCUAUCCUGCCCUCCUUUUUCUUCCCCUCUCCUCUAGAAAGCCAUGCCUCUGUAAUCCUCCACCUUUUUUGGCACAGUGUCUCUUCAUGCACAUGUAUGCUUAACUGGGUCUUCCUCACUAACUCGGUCACUUGUUGCCGGAUAAUACGAGUGUGCGUCAGCCAUGUUUUAAAAGUGCACUGUACUUUUGUUUUGGGCCAUUUUAUUUUGCCAUUUAGGUUUUGGAGGAUUGCUGACUGUAUGAAAGCCAGUUGUAAUAAUGAACUCGUUUGCUCCCGGGUUGUGCCUAUUUUUCUUCAUUCUCUGUUUUUUCACCUCUCAAUGUCCUCAGACUUGGUAUACAAGUUGUGUCCUCCCCCCCAGGAUUUCAAAUCUCCUCAUAUGAUUUCCAAGAGCACUGAUGUAGUAAAUAUUGGGUAGUGCUUGGGAACAGUCUGUGGAUUAAUUUUUUUUUUCUUUUUCCCCUUUUUUAAAUACUGUUGCUUGUGGCAUGAAUUUGGAUGCCCAGAAUUACUAUUGUGUGCUUUUAAAAGUAUAGUACACUACUGUAUGCAAAUGGGCCCUUAUAGUUCCUGUGGGCUUUUGCCAACCCAUGGUAUAUCAGCAGUCAGUGCUUUAAACAUGUACAUGCUUUUUAGUAGGUGUGUGAUUUUCUUGACUGAUAGCUUUUUUUUUUCUUAUUGAUGUUUUUAAGGUUGAUGAAUACCUUUUUGAAAAUCAUUUACAUGUGGAAAUGUCGGUGUGAACCAACUGAUGCAUAAGCUGAAACCAGGAUGUUCACAGGGUAUCUCUACUUUAGUCAUGGCUUUCUCUCCUUGGGACUUUUAGCUCUGCUCUAAAUUGCAAAGACGCCAAAUUUUUUUUUUUUGAAAAAUGGUGCAGUUAAGCCUGCCCGUGCAAGUAUUAGUGACAGACGUUAUUGAAGAGAUUGUGGGUUCACAUGGAAAAGUGCAAAAUAAAGAUGGACAUAAACGUG